AAAGACUAAAAUAAUGUGGGAACGUUUCACGUUUGUUCGUGCUGACUUGUCUGUGUAAAUCAUGUGCAAACUUAGACCAUCUAAAAAUAUUUUUUAUUGGUCUAAGGGUUUGGUGUAAACCAUAGCGUAGAAUUUUUAAAGAUUAGUCCAUUAUAAUGGCAACGAAUUUUGUAAAGUAUUCGCAACUGAUAAACAACAGCACGAAAUACGCGCAGCGAAUGAAACGGCUAUCUAACAGGAUAUUCAGCGAAGUGGCGAUUCCUACCAAUCCCAAGUCUAUGAAAGUUGUGAGCAUGUUCUCGGCGCGGCCUCUGCACACUAACGAAGAGAUCAUCCACUACUACCCGCGUCACGUGGAGACAGCAACCCUGAUGCUGAAGCUUCGCGAGUAUGGGUUGUUCCGUGACGAGCACCAGGACUUCAAGGAGGAGAUGAAGAGGCUCCGUGCGCUGAGGGGCAAGGUUAAAGUGUGGAAGAGGAAGCUCAACAUGGAAGAGAAGGAGACUCAGAAGUAGAAUGUAUAAACUAUUUAUGACAACGUAGCAGUUAGAAGCUUGUCGUGUUGAUAUGGUCAUGUGUGUGUGCUGGUGGAGUCCAAUCACAUUGUGUUAACAAAAGAAACAUUUACUAAAAGUUCAGUCAGGUCAGGAAAAGAAAGCAAUUUUGCUUGCACAGGAUACAUUUAUUCCUAGUUGCUAGAGUUAGAUAAUAAAUGUUCUUGUAAAUAAAUUAUUAUUGUUAAACUG